UUCCGGAAAAGACCAAAUUUCGAAAUAAGGAGUAAUGGAGUCUCAGUAGAGCUGUUUUUUUUUGUUUUCUUCCACUCCUCAGAGUGUUUCAUUCCCAGUCCCUGAUUGGAACAGGGAGAGUGGAUUCCCAGAAUGUUGCUGAUCCUUUUCUCCAUCUCCCUGUAUUUUUCCUGGGUCUCUCCUGAUAGUAAUGCCUUUACUGUAAUGUAUUUGGCCACCUCUGGUACUAAUGAUUUACCUGAGUAUCUUGGUGUGGGAAUGAUUAAUGGAGUUUCAGUAGCCUAUUAUGACAGUGGUACCCACCAGAUUGUUUCCCGACAGCAGUGGAUGGCAGACUCUUUUGAUGCAGAGUACUGGGAAUAUCUCACAAAUCGAGGCAAUAAACACUGUGCCAUUGCAAAGGAGAAUCUGAAGAUGAUAAUGAAAAAUACAAACCAGACGUCCGGAAUUCACAUUUUCCAAUGGAUAAGGACUGUUGAGGUCGCUGAAGGCGGCUCCAUUAAGAGAUCAAUGCGCUUUGGAUUUGAUGGAAAGGACUAUAUUAGUUUAGAGUCAGACAGAAUGAGAUGGGUCGCAUCCAAUCACAUUGCAGUGAAGACUAUGGAGAAAUGGAAUUCGGAUGAAGCCUGGAAUAAGUAUUGGAAAUGGCAGUUGGAAGUAGAACUUGCUGAACGUUUAAAACUACGUUUACACUUUGGAAAGGAAUACCUUAAAAGGAAAGUUCAGCCUGAAGUGUUUAUCUCCAGAAGUGACCCCAGUAGUCAGUACAAGCCGCUCACUCUCUCCUGCCUGGUUACUGGGUUUUAUCCUGUAGACAUCAAGGUGAGCUGGCUAAGGAAUCGAGAGAUAAUGUCUGAGACACUAUCCUCGGGGGUUCGACCCAACCACGAUGGGACCCAUCAGAUCCAGAAAGAGAUUGAAAUAAAUGCUGGGGAUGAGGAUCAAUACUCCUGUCAAAUUGAACACAGCAGCCUGGCAGAGACCCAGCUCUCUCAGUGGGAAAUCCUGGAAAACAGUUGGGGACACUUGUAUCCUGGAUUUAUAACAGGAUUAGUGAUUGCUGCCCUGGCUAUUAUAUUCGGGAUAAUCGGAAAAAUCAUCUGGAAAAUGUCAUGGAGAGAAACUGAUAAAACAGGAAUCCCACAGCAACCAUUCCAUAUGAAUCCUGGGAAAGGACAUCAAAUCGUUUCAGCACAACCAUUCCUGAAGAUCAACCUCGCUCACCACCACCCAGAAACCAUGGAUAAUAAUAUGGAACUGAAGUUGACUGAAUCCUACAUUCCGCUCACCACGGAGUCUUUUCAGAGAGAGUCACAAUCCGGAGCACAUGUGGAAGGUAAUUAACCCACAACUGAACAGGAACAGAGAUCAGUCCAAAUAGACACUUCAAAUCCUGCAAAUAAUGUUUCUGAUGUAAACACAGUAAAAUGUAAUCGAGGUAACAACAUGACAAAACUCCUAACAAACCAAGAGGAAAGGGAAACAACACAGAGUUUACUGUGAUCCACAUUGAAAAAAAGCCCUGGAAAUGAAUUAUUAGAAAACUAAUCAAGACCCAAGAGUUCAUAGAGACUAGCCGUCAUUGCAAGGGACAUGGGAACUGAAACAGAUGAGGAUGACCAGCUGUAUUCACAAGAUCUGAAAACAUUUACAAUUGUAUGUAAAGAGAAGCCAUUCACCAAUUAAUACAAAAUUGAAAAAUA